AUGGUCAACAAUUCAAUUCUACAUUCAAAGCUUGCUGAAGCUGCAUUGAACUGUACAGCAAUACAAAUUCGUCUACUAUUCGCUAUAGUGUUGACUACAUGUUUCCCAGCCCGAGCACAGAUAUUAUGGGAAAAUCACAAAGAUUCAAUGACUGAUGAUAUAUUGCAUCAACAUCGUAUACGGUGCCACGAUCUAACCAUAACAUUCAGCGACGAAAUGUACAAUGAAGCAUUGAUUGCUAUUGAUGAUCUUUGCAUUGUCAUUGCCAACUUACCACUUAGUAAUUUCGGUAUGAAUUCGCCAAAUCGAACUGCAUCUGAUUUAAUGAAUACUGAAAUGAAUCGUGAACUGCAGUACAGUACUGUAGAAAUGGCAGCGAUUGUUGCCCGCAAUGUCCCACUAAUGAAUGAGGAACAAAGAACCAUUUAUGAUCGCAUUAUGCUCGCAGUUUCAGCUGGACAAGGUGGGUUCUUCUUUUUGGAUGCACCGGGUGGAACUGGCAAAAUAUUCGUUAUUUCACUAAUUCUUGCUGAAAUACGAUCAAAUAAUGGCAUCGCAUUGGCCGUUGCAUCAUCGGGCAUUGCAGCAACUUUAUUGGAUGGAGGUAGAACAGCUCAUUCAGUAUUUAAGCUGCCACUAAAUAUUCAGAAUAACCCUGACGCAGUAUGCAACAUUAAGAAACAAUCGUCCAUGGCCACUGUGCUGAAACGGUGUAAAAUUAUUAUUUGGGAUGAAUGUACUAUGGCACACAAACAUUCACUUGAGGCGUUGAAUAGGACAUUGAAAGAUAUUAAAAACAGUGACAAACUAUUUGGCGGAACUCUGUUGGUCCUUUCAGGUGAUUUCAGACAAACACUUCCAGUCAUUCCACGUUCAACAUACGCUGAUGAGAUCAACGCUUGCUUAAAAUCAUCUCCAUUGUGGCGAGACCAUGCUAUUGAUCCGUAUUCAAGGAUCGGUCUGACCAAGGAAUUGAAAAGAUGA